CUGAAAAGUCGCACGUGAAAACGCACUAGCCAGUAGCCACGGAUCCGGUAUUUUCCAACAUGCACAAGAACGAUCUCGAAGACUUAACUUUACCGCCUCAAGGUCUAUAGAUCUAUGUAUGUACAUAUCUACCCGAGAGACAAGUAAAGCUUAAGCUGGCGAGGUGAUGACACGGUGAAGAGCCUGUCUUUCCCCUGAGUACUCCUGACUACGACACUUCACCGACUGCGCAGAGCUUACACUUAACCGCAUUGGCACGGCAUGUUCUCCUGUGUCGGGUCGGUUGUGUUGCAGCUUCGUUUCAUCGACCAUCUACAUUAUACAUUCUUCACAAUACCACUCACUACAUAUCUCGUACCUGGCCCCUCAUACUCAACCGUCGAAGAUGCCCGACUCACCGGCAAAAGCAUCCACGGUAUGCGGAUGUUACGGCAUCUUUCUCUCUGGUCCCCGGUCCACCUGAAGGGCCUGGAGGGGCUGUUGGAGCGAAUGCCGUCAACCAGCAGAUGCAUAUUCGACGGGAUUUACAUAUAUGGAAAUGCACAAAAAGAUAUAAGCUCAUGUCGUUCCAGGACCCUCGCCACUAACACCCAGUUCCACCUUUGGUGUAGCAAAAUGUUGAAACAGAUCGGGUAGGAUUGUCUGCAAGUCAGUCAGUCGGCUGCUUCCAGACUCCCACGCGCAACAACAUGGGGUGAACUGCUGGACUCCAAAAGGGUUCGCAAAAUGGAGUCAUCGCCGGCAGCACAAGGAAUGGGGGUCCCGGUCUUGCCGGUUCAAGAGCUGCCUCUAAUGCGCCCCGGCAGCUGGCGGGUAUGAUCGGCGUUACGUAACCGGACAUGGGCGGCGUGGGCCACUAAAAUUCAUCAAAGGCUCCAAAAGCGCCGGCGCACCGGGGGGCCGAACUUUUUGUCUCCAUCCCAUGCUCCCCCAACGGUAGUCAUCCAUAUCAUCCGCAUCCGCCACCCAAGAUCCCCCGGCUUGUUUGCAGCAGUUCACGACUGGUAGGGUUCCGGCCAGCUCAACACCAAGACUUAUCACACAUCAUGGCUUCACCGGUCCCGAUCCAGCGUCUCCAGGCGCCUUUGCGGAGGUCUCUUGCGCGCGCCGCCGCCCUGUCGACUCGGUCAUACGCCACCAUCCCCUCUGGCCCAUCCAGCCAGCCGACAUCGCAAGAGUCAUCAUCAGCUGCAUCCGCAUCCGCGCCCGCAACCAAGCCGCGCCCGACCUACUUUAAGGACACCACUCUCGCUUCCCUCGACGACUUUAUCGCAAACCAAUCGUCAGCCGCUCCUCUCGCACCCAGCGAAGCUUACACCCUGCGCACAGCCGAAGUCGGACCCGCCGGCAAGAAGCGUACCAUCACCCGCUUGCCUGAAUGGCUCAAGACACCCAUCCCAAGUGCUGGCGCGAACCCCGAAUUUGCCAAGAUCAAGGCCGACCUGCGUGGUCUCAAUCUUCACACAGUAUGCGAGGAAGCUAGGUGUCCCAAUAUCGGCGAAUGCUGGGGCGGUUCUAACAAGGCCGCCGCGACGGCCACCAUCAUGCUUAUGGGCGACACCUGCACACGUGGCUGCCGCUUCUGCAGCGUCAAGACAAGCCGCAAGCCGCCUCCGCUGGAUCCUCACGAGCCCGAGAACACCGCUGAGGCUUUGGCCCGCUGGGGUCUCGGUUAUGUUGUGCUGACGAGUGUCGACCGUGACGAUCUGGCCGAUGGUGGUGCCCGACACUUUGCAGAGACGAUUCGCCGGAUCAAGCAGAAGAAGCCGACCCUGCUUGUCGAGGCCUUGACCGGUGACUUUGCUGGUGACUUGGACAUGGUUAAGAUUGUGGCGGAGAGCGGACUGGAUGUGUAUGCGCAUAACGUUGAGACUGUUGAGAACUUGACGCCUUACGUGCGUGAUCGCCGUGCCACAUUUCGCCAGAGUUUGAAGGUGUUGGAACACGUCAAGAAGGUCCGGGGCAAGGAAGGCAUUAUCACCAAGACCAGCAUCAUGCUUGGUCUGGGUGAGACUGAGGAGGAGCUCUGGGAGGCUUUGAGGGAAUUGAGGAAGGUCGACGUCGAUGUCGUUACCUUUGGACAGUACAUGCGCCCAACCAAGAGACAUCUCGCGGUCGAGAAGUACAUCACUCCCGACGAGUUUGAGCUCUGGAGGCAGCGUGCGCUUGACAUGGGCUUCCUGUACUGCGCUAGUGGUCCUCUGGUCCGUUCUUCAUACAAGGCCGGCGAGGCUUUCAUCGAGAACGUCUUGAGAAAGCGCUCUGGCGAGAAGGUUGUCUCUGAGGCUCUUGGUCAGGCGGUUGCCGCCGAGGAGGCGACUAGCGUCCAGUCCUCUUGAGGCAGCUUAUGCUAGAUGUGGUUUGCGGAGCGUGUUUCAACAUUUAUAAUCGGGAUCUAGGCUUUCACAGCUAUCCUGUGGCGGGCAAAAUAACAGACGGAUGACGGAUCGGUUAUUAGGCACCUUGGGGGUUGCAUGCGUUUUGGCGUUAGGGGAGAUUGGUUCUUUCGAUUACUUUGAAAAAGACAUUCAUUCGUUUGCCGUGUCUGAAUAUAAUAUUGUAACAACAAUUCUACACAGCGGGCAUCGGGAGAGAGAUUCCCAUGUCCAAAAGGAUGCAUCAUACAAACUCCCUCUGCC